AACCCAGAGACCCUGGUCGUGCUUGGCGUGUGCACGCACCUCGGCUGCGUCCCGAUCAACAAGGCCGGCGACUACAACGGGUGGUUCUGCCCGUGCCACGGCUCGCACUACGACACCUCUGGCCGGAUCCGCAAGGAAGGGGCCGGCGCCGCUCACUCAGCAUGGAGGUACCUACCUCCCUACUCCUUGAUCGAGGAGGAGAAGCUCCUGAUUGGC